AUGGCGCCUCGCUCUCGAGCCAAGGCUGUUGAUACUGACGCGCCUAUGUCUGACGCGCAGGAACAUCGCCAGGGGGAAGAUAUGGAAGUUGACGAGACCCCCGAUUACACUGAUACCGAGAACCCCAGUACCGAAGCUAGUAGUGUCGCCGGAGAACCCACCGGAGAUGGACGACGGCGCCGUACAGAAGUCAACCAACUCCGUCGCAGCAUUUUUGGAAAGAAGCACGACCGGCUAGGCGAAUCCAAGGAGGAUGACACAAUCCGACGAUUCAGGUAUCUCCUCGGUCUUACUGAUCUAUUCCGCCAUUUCAUUGAGACGAACCCCGAUCCCCAAAUCCGCGACAUCAUGACUGAGAUUGAUCGACGGAAUGCCGAAGCAGCCCGCGGCAAGAAGGGAGCCGGGAGACAAGGCGGUGCCACGAGCGAACGACGUCGACGUACAGAGGCCGAAGAAGAUGCCGAACUUUUGAAGGACGAGAAACAUGGUGGUUCUGCUGAGACGGUGUUCCGCGAUUCCCCUCCUUUUGUCCAUGGUCAAAUGCGAGACUACCAAAUUGCUGGACUCAACUGGCUUAUCUCGCUACAUGAGAAUGGUAUCUCUGGUAUUCUUGCAGAUGAAAUGGGUCUCGGAAAGACUCUACAGACAAUAUCUUUCCUCGGUUACCUACGCCAUAUUCUGGACAUCAAUGGGCCACACCUGGUCAUUGUGCCCAAGUCUACACUGGACAACUGGAAACGAGAGUUUGCUAAGUGGACACCCGAGGUCGACGUCUUGGUGCUUCAGGGUGCCAAGGAUGAAAGACAGGCCCUCAUCAAUGAUAGACUCGUCGACGAAAAGUUCGACGUUUGCAUUACCAGUUACGAGAUGGUGCUUCGAGAGAAGUCGCAUCUGAAGAAGUUUGCUUGGGAAUACAUUAUUAUUGAUGAGGCGCAUCGUAUCAAGAACGAAGAAUCAUCACUUUCACAGGUCAUUCGAUUGUUCUCUUCACGAAACCGACUGCUCAUCACCGGCACACCUCUCCAAAACAAUUUGCACGAACUUUGGGCUCUUCUAAACUUCUUGCUGCCUGAUGUCUUUGGCGACUCUGAGGCAUUUGACCAGUGGUUCUCUGGACAAGACCGUGACCAAGAUACAGUCGUCCAGCAACUCCACAAGGUUCUCCGCCCCUUUCUGUUGCGUCGCGUGAAGAGCGAUGUGGAGAAGAGCUUGCUACCCAAGAAGGAAGUCAACGUUUAUCUGGGCAUGUCAGAGAUGCAGGUCAAAUGGUAUCAAAAGAUUCUGGAAAAGGACAUUGACGCUGUCAACGGUGCGGGUGGUAAGCGCGAGUCCAAGACUCGACUGCUCAACAUCGUUAUGCAACUUCGAAAGUGUUGUAACCAUCCUUACCUGUUUGAGGGUGCCGAGCCAGGUCCCCCUUACACAACCGACGAGCAUCUUGUGUACAAUGCUGGUAAAAUGGCUGUUCUUGACAAACUGCUUAAGAGGAUGCAAAAGCAAGGCAGCCGUGUUCUUAUCUUUUCCCAAAUGAGUCGAUUGCUCGACAUUCUCGAAGAUUACUGCGUCUUCCGCGAGUACAAGUACUGUCGAAUCGAUGGUGGAACUGCUCAUGAGGACCGAAUCGCUGCCAUUGACGAGUACAACAAGCCUGGUUCGGAGAAGUUUGUCUUCCUCCUUACAACACGUGCUGGUGGUCUAGGUAUUAACCUGACGACCGCCGAUAUCGUUGUUCUCUACGACAGUGACUGGAAUCCCCAGGCCGAUUUACAGGCUAUGGAUCGAGCCCAUCGUAUCGGACAGACCAAACAGGUUGUUGUGUACAGGUUUGUCACAGAAAACGCCAUAGAGGAAAAGGUUCUGGAAAGAGCUGCACAAAAGCUGCGUCUGGAUCAACUUGUCAUUCAGCAAGGUCGUGCACAGCAAGCCGCCAAGGCCGCAGCGAAUAAAGACGAGCUUCUCUCCAUGAUUCAACAUGGCGCCGAAAAGGUCUUCCAAUCCAAGGGACCCACAGGUACAAUGUCCUCCAAGGACGGCGAGGUCGGCGACGAUGAUAUCGAUGCUAUCCUUGCCAGAGGUGAAAACCGAACCAAGGAACUUAAUGCCAAGUAUGAGAAGCUGGGAAUUGAUGAUCUCCAGAAGUUUACCUCAGAGUCUGCCUACGAGUGGAAUGGCGAGAACUUUGCCAACACAAAGAAAGAAAUCAACAUGACUUGGAUUAACCCGGCCAAACGAGAGCGAAAAGAACAAUCGUACUCGAUGGACAAAUACUUCCGCCAGACCAUGUAUCCCAACCCCAAGGCGGAUGCUAAGCCGAAGGCACCCCGAGCACCCAAGCAGGUUCCCGUACACGAUUACCAGUUCUACCCACCACGCCUGCGUGAUCUUCAAGACAGGGAAACCGCUUUCUAUCGUAAGGAGAUCGGCUACAAGGUCCCUCUAGCCGAUGGUGAAGAAGACACUCUCGAAGAGCGAGAAGCUGAAAGAGCCCUUGACCAACAGGAAAUCGAUAAUGCAACACCUUUGACCGAGGAGGAGAAAGAAGAGAAGGAGAAGCUGUCCCUUCAGGGCUUUGGAGAAUGGAACAAGCGAGACUUCCAACAGUUUGUGAACGGAUCAGGCAAGUAUGGACGAAACGAUUACGAGGGCAUUUCCGUGGAGGUCGACAGCAAGUCACCUGCUGAAAUCAAGGCGUAUGCUAAGGUUUUCUGGCAACGAUAUACCGAAAUUGCGGACUACCCCAAAUACAUCAAAACUAUUGAAGAUGGCGAGGAGCGCACACGCCGCGUUGAACAUCACCAAAAGCUUCUUAGAAAGAAGAUGCAGCAGUACCGAGUCCCUCUACAGCAACUCAAGAUCAACUACUCUGUUUCCACUACCAACAAGAAAGUGUACACCGAGGAGGAGGACAGAUUUUUACUGGUACUACUUGACCGUUAUGGUAUUGAUUCGGAGGGUCUUUACGAGAAGAUGCGAGACGAUAUCCGAGAAUCGCCUCUUUUCCGAUUCGACUGGUUUUUCCUCAGCCGAACUCCUAUUGAGUUGUCUCGUCGUUGCACGACUUUGAUCACUACUAUUGUCAAAGAGUUUGAAGACGUCCCUGCUCGUGGUUCAAACGGAGUCAACGGAAAGUCUAAGCGUGAGCCUGACGAUGAGAACGACGAGGACAGCAUUCUUGGAAUGGCACCAGCGAAGAAGAAGGCGAAGAACGGGGUCAAGAACAAGGCGCUUGAUAAUGUCAAAUCCGUCAAAUCCAGCAAGAACAGCUCAGCAACCCCAUCCAGAGCCUCCAGUGUCGCGUCUGCCACCUCCGCCGGUGGCUCUACCAAGAGUAAGAAGGGUAGAAAGAAGUAA